GCAGCAACUCUGGGAAGGGGGGGGGGGGGAGAGAAUACGUCACUCACUGAGUCAUCUGCAUGAAAGGAAAACGAAACAAGAUCUAGUACUCUUCUGGUACAAUAGGAAGAGAGGUUGAGAUUGCUGCCAGUAACUGCAGAAAGAAAAGAGCUUGCGAAGGAAAGGAGGCGUCUUCGGUUAAAGUUUUGAAAGAGACCAUUGCUGGUGGAGGUCACACUACAAAGGUCCCAGACAGGAUGUUCCACGAGGCUACAAAAUCAUUGAUUAAACAAAUGGGUCCAGAAGAAGACUUCAUCCCAGUCCGCUGCCCUGCAGACCACAAACAUUUCAGAGUUCUGUACCUGGUCCAAAGGAACAGCAAGACCCCAUGGUGGCGGAAGAACCAUUACUAUAAAACUGAUUACAAGCUAAGCGAUGUACUCUUGCCAGGGCAGCACACUGCAAAACUAGAUAUCUGCGAUUCAGAUACAUUCACCAUCAUGGACCACGUGGAUGGAAAAUUGGAGGGGGAUGUGGGUGUGGCUACUGACUUGGGAACCUUGAAACUGACAAGCAGUGCCAGCACGUCUCAUGCAAGAACUGUGAAAGUGAAAAAGAGGCACGUCAGUUCUCAAGUUCUCGAUUCUCUAGAUGGAAGCAGUAAAAUCAACUUGAACCAUGCGCUUAUUAAGCAAUCAGAGAAGUUCCAAAAGAAUCUGUAUUUGAUCACUGAGACUAUCGAAGCUACGGAAGCAACUGAGUUUAGGGAAUCCAACAAAACAGAAGGCAACAUCCUCGCUGAACUCCGUGUCAAAAUGAAAUUUACGGGUAUCCAUGACAGCAAGAAAGCAGUAAUCAUCCCAAAGGACUGCACCCUGGCAUUCAGAGUAAAACGGCUACUAAUCAGAGAAGGAUCCUUAGCCAGUGCACUCUUUCCAGAAGACACAAGAGAAACUUUUCGGACUGGCAGGCCAGAGCUGCAAGAAUUAGUGGACAACUUACAAGAUUCCACUGGAGCCAUUUGCCAAGACAUCGCUGAACCUGUCCUGUACUUUCUUCAAGCUCUGGAUGAAUUGCCAAGAUCUGAGAUGUUGCUUCUGGAGGAAUCUGUGGAGAGGAAAAUUGUGCCCAAGCAAACUGCACUGGUACAACACAUUCUAGAAAAUGGUUUCAGCCACAAAAAAGGAAGACUUAUAGAUGCCCAGAAAGUCUCUUCUUUCAUUGAAGAUGAGCUGGAUAUUACUGAAGCUAUGAUCAAGUUAAGUGGAGCAACAGUCCAAAGAAAUGGAGCUAGUCUUGCUGUGACUGGAACCCCUGAUGCUUUUUUGGCCCUCGGUUCAUUGUAUGUUGCUCUGUAUGUGCUGAGUCUUCUCUCCAAAUGACAGCAUGGAAUAUUUCACUUGAACAUGUACCACAAAACACAUUUUAUUAGUAUCCAAAUCCAUGUGAAUGUGCUUUAGAUUUUUGCCCCAAAGUGCUUGACUUUAUGCUUGCAUUGCCAUUUAGUAGCUCAUUCACCCAGACCUUUUACCAUAUUGGUUGCCCUCCUCUAGAUACAUUCCAGCUUGUUAAUAUCCUUCUUGAAUUGUGGUGACCAGAACUGGGAACAAUAUUCCAGGUAAGGU